AUGGCUUCUCAUUUGACUCCUUCUUCUUCCUCCAACUCCAAGCGUCAGUUCGACGUGUUUGUGAGCUUCAGAGGCGCGGACACGCGUAAUACCUUCACCUCUUACCUUCUUCAGUCCCUGCACUGGAAAGCUUCACUUUCUAACUGUAGACACUUAUUUACGGUUGUGCAAUUGGGCAGACCGGAGAGUGAAUUUAUCGAGAAAAUAGCCAAGGAGACUUUCAGGAUGCUCAAUGAUUUGUCUCCAUGUGAAAUCCGCGGUUUCCCGGGGAUCGAACCACGUUCAAAGGAACUGGAAGAGUUAUUGAUGUUUGAUAACCCAAACUGUGUCCGUACCAUUGGUGUUCUUGGCAUAACCGGAAUCGGCAAGACAACGGUUGCUGAUAGCGUCUACAAACGAAACUGCCGUCGCUUCGAUGGCUACUGUUUCGUUGAAGACAUUGAAAAUGAGUUGAAAAGGCACGAGUUAUCUCAUUUGCACCAGAAACUCCUCUGCAAGCUGUUGGACGAAGAAGAUUUGGAUGUGAGAGCGCAUGGAAGAUUGGAAGAGUUUCUAAGGAACAAGAAGGUGUUGAUUGUGCUGGAUAACGUGACCGAAGAAAACCAAAUCAAACAACUGGUCGGACCGCAGGAGCUGUACCGAAAAGGAAGCAGGAUUGUUAUAACAACCAGAGACAAGAAGCUGCUGCAGAACAACACUGAUGCAACAUAUUUAGUUCCCAGACUAAAUGACAGGGAAGCUAUGGAGCUUUUCUGCCUUAGUGCAUUUCCUAAAGACACCUACCCGAGGGAAGAGUUUAUGGAUCUAUCAAACCAUUUUGUCUAUUAUGCUAAAGGUCAUCCCAUAGCUUUGAAGCUGUUAGGUUCAAGUCUAUGCCAGAAGAAUAAAACAUACUGGAUGGAGAAAUGGGAGAGACUAAGGGUAACACCAGACAAGGAGAUUCAAAAGGAGCUGAAAAGAAGCUACGAGGAACUGGAUGAUGAGCAGAAGCGAAUGUUUCUGGACAUAGCAUAUUUUUUCAAGUCGGAAAAAACAGACUUUGUUUCCAGCAUCCUGAAAUCAGACCGUGGCAAUGCAGCCGCUGUGAUGAGAGAACUUGAAGAUAAGUGCUUGGUGAACAUUUCUUAUAAUCGGCUUGAGAUGCAUGAUCUAAUGCAUACAAUGGGGAAGGAAAUCGGAUAUGAAUCAUCCAUCAGAAGGGCUGGCAAACGUAGUAGGUUGUGGAACCACAAAGAUAUUCGUUAUGUGCUUGAGCAAAAAACGGGGACUGAAUGUGUUAGAGGCAUCUUCUUGAACAUGUCUAACGUCGAAAGGAUCAAGCUAAGCCCUGAUGUUUUCAUGAAGAUGUCAAAUCUCAAGUUCCUCAAGUUUCACAAUUCUCAUUGUUCUCAGUGGUGUGAUAGUGACCGUAAAUUUCAGUUCUGCCAAGGGCUUGAUUACUUUCCGGAUGAGCUUGUGUACCUUCAUUGGCAGGGGUACCCUUACGGAUACCUGCCAUCAGAAUUCAAUCCAGAGGAACUUGUCCAUAUUAACCUGCGAUAUAGCCACAUCAGACAACUAUGGGAAGAUGAAAAGUCAAAAGGCUUGCUGAAUCUAUCAGGUUUGUCCAAGGCCAAAAAUCUCGAAAGACUGGAUCUUGAAGGCUGUACGAGUUUGGCUGUGUUGGGCCCAUCUAUCAAACAGAUGAACAAACUUAUUUACCUCAACCUCAGAGAAUGCACAAGCCUUGAGAGUCUUCCAGAGGGAAUCAAUUUAAAAUCUCUAAAGACCCUGAUCCUCAGUGGCUGCUCAAAGCUUCAUGAGUUUCAUAUUAUGUCAGAAAAUAUUGAAUCACUUUAUUUGGAAGGCUCGGCAAUCGAACAAGUUGCUGAACACAUCGGUAGUCUUCGCAACCUUAUUUUGCUGAAUCUCAAGAAUUAUCGCAGGUUGAGGUAUCUUCCCAACGAUCUUUACAAACUGAAAUCUCUUCAAGAACUGAUUCUCUCUGGCUGUUCAGCGUUGGAGUGUCUUCCACCCAUCAAAGAGAAGAUGGCAUGCUUAGAGAUAUUGCUCAUGGAUGGAACGUUCAUCAAACAGACACCUGAAACGAUUUGUUUGAGUAACCUCAAGGUGUUUUCGUUUUGUGAAUCUAGCAUCGAAGAUUCCUCAGGGUUGGUAUUGUUGCCUUUCUCAGGCAGCUCUUGUGUAUCGGACCUUUAUUUCACCAAUUGCAAUAUCAACAAAUUGCCAGAAAACAUUAGCUCCUUACAUUCAUUGCGGUGUUUAUGCUUAAGCAGAAACAAUAUUGAGACUCUACCUGAAAGCAUCGAGAAACUUUAUUCUCUGUUGUCGCUUGACUUGAAGCAUUGCCGCAAGCUCAGUUCUCUCCCGUUGCUUCCAUCUAAUCUACAGUACUUAGAUGCUCAUGGGUGUGUUUCUCUGGAAAAAGUUGCCAAACCAGUGACGCUUCCCCUAGUAACUGAGAGGAUGCAUACUACUUUCAUAUUCACGGAUUGCUUCAAACUGAACAGAGCUGAACAAGAAGGUAUUGUAGCUCAGGCCCAACUCAAGAGUCAGCUACUGGCAAGGACAUCUCUUCAACAUAACCACAAGGGAGUAGUUCUAGAUCCUCUGGUAGCCGUUUGCUUUCCAGGAAGUGACGUACCCUCAUGGUUCUGCCAUCAGAGAAUGGGAUCGUCGAUAGAAACCGACCUGCCUCCACACUGGUGCAACCGUAAAUUUAUUGGAGCUUCCCUGUGUGUCGUUGUCACCUUCAAGGAUCAUGAAGGUCAACAUGCCAACCGUUUAUCUGUAAGAUGCAAGUGCACUUUCAAAAGUCAAAACGGUCAGUCCAUCAGCUUUAGUUUCUGUCUUGGGGGAUGGAACGAGUCAUGUGGAUCAUCUUGCCAUGAACCACGGAAACUUAGAUGUGACCAUGUGUUUAUUAGUUAUAACAACUGUAACGUACCACUCUUCCAAUGGAGUGAAGAGAGUGAUGACGGUAAUAGAUGUCGUCCCACUAGUGCCACGUUUGAAUUCUACCUUACUGAUGACACUGAAAGAAAACUAGAAUGCUGCAAGGUGAUAAGGUGUGGGAUGAGUUUGCUGUAUGCUCCGGAUGAGAACGACCGUGGAUUCAAGGAAUACGGGCUACAGAUAUUGCUGAGCGUACACCGAGUGAGGCUUUUGUGCCCGUGCGAGGUUGGUCCCACUCACAAGUUGGAGAAAGAAGGAAUGAUCCUCUGGUGCGUCGAAGGAGGUUUCUUAUCCUUGGAUGUGACCGGGUCGUUGCCAUUUGAAGAUGUUUGA